AUGGCCGAACGAACGGAACAUGACUAUAAUGACACAUCAGGUGAUGAGAUUGAAUCAUAUCACAGCGUUGGAACGCCUUCACUUCGCAAGCAAAGCACCACUGCCUCUGGGCUAUCGGUAUUCGAGCAGCGCACGCAUUCGGUAGUAUCGCGCAUUCGGAGUCGUGAACCUGGGCAGACUGCGAAAUUCACUCACCCGCUUACGCACACGAAAACGAGCCCUGAUGUCAUUGUUGACUUUGAAGGGCCGGAUGACCCGUAUCGGCCUUUGAAUUGGAGUUUUAGGAAGAAGGCUAUUACAACGUUAUUAUACGGAUUGACUACUAUGGGUGCAACGUGGGCAAGUUCUGUGUACUCCACUGGCCAAGCGCAAAUUAGCGAGGAAUUUGGUAUUUCCAGCGAAGUAGCCACACUUGGUACUUCUCUAUUACUGUUCGGACUUGGCUUGGGCCCAUUGAUUUGGGCCCCUCUUUCCGAGCUCUAUGGACGGAAAUCUGCUGUGCUGCCGCCGUACUUUCUUGCAGCCAUCUUUUCGUUCGCCACUGCUACCGCAAAAGAUGUACAGACGAUCAUGAUCACUCGAUUCUUCACGGGGUUCUUUGGUUCGGCUCCCGUCACUAACACAGGUGGCGUUUUGAGUGACAUCUGGACACCCGAACAGAGAGGAGCCGCUAUCGUGGGUUAUGCCAUGGCUGUGGUAGGUGGUCCCGUUCUGGGUCCUAUUGCCGGAGGUGCAAUUUGCCAAAGUGACCUUGGGUGGCGCUGGACUGAAUACAUCACUGGUAUAAUGAUGAUGUUCUUCCUAGUCAUGGAUCUCCUCUUCGUGGACGAGAGCUAUCCACCAGUUCUACUGGUCUACAAAGCGCAGCGCCUGCGCUUUGAAAGCGGCAAUUGGGCCUUACACGCACGUCACGAAGAAUGGGAUGUGACACUCAAGGAAAUCGGAAACAAAUACCUCAUUCGCCCGUUCCAACUGCUCACGACGCCAAUUUGCUUCCUAGUCGCGCUCUACGCCUCUUUCGUCUACGGCAUCCUUUACCUCAGUCUAGCAGCCUUUCCAAUUGUUUUCCAAGAAAUCAGAGGCUGGAACCAAGUCGUCGGCGCCCUACCAUUCCUCGCAUACCUGGUGGGUAUCCUACUAGGCGCCUGCGUCAAUCUCGCAAACCAAAAGUUCUACAUCAAACGCUUCAAAGCGAAUAACAACCGACCCGUUCCUGAGGCUCGCCUCCCGCCAAUGAUGAUUGGCUCCGUCUUAUUUGCAGGAGGAAUGUUCGUCUUUGGUUGGACGAGCCCCAAACAUAUCCAUUGGAUUGCGCCGAAUAUCGGUGCUGUGAUGAUGGGAUUCGGCUUUUUUACGAUUUUCCAGGCGGCAUUGAACUAUCUCAUCGAUACCUUCCAGCGGUUCUCUGCUAGCGCAGUUGCGGCCAAUACGUUCCUGCGCUCGGUGUUCGCGGGCUGUUUCCCGCUUUUCACGUCGGCCAUGUUUCACAACUUGGGUGUGCCGUGGGCUGCGAGUAUUUUGGGCUUCUUGUCUGUGGCACUGAUUCCUAUCCCUUAUUUGUUCUACAGAUACGGAAAACAGAUCCGGGCACGCGGGACGUGGUCGAAAGAGUCUGUCUGA